AUGGAUUUUGCAUCUUUGAUGUCAAGGGAAAUUUCUAAGUCCAAGAAACAGGCAUCACAGCCUGCUGACAAGCAACAAAACAAGACAUAUCUUCGCCGGUCUGAGUUGGAAGCGGAGCGCCUGGCUACUUAUAAAGCAGAGCAAGAUGCGCUACAAAAGGAACGCGACGAACGAGCAGACCGAAAGAGAAAGUUGGAAGAAGAUGCGGCGAAACGCGACCGGGUUCGUGACGAAAAGCGACGUCGGCUAGCUGAGCAAUCAAGGCAAAAGCGAGAAGCAGAGGAAGAAGCAAAGGAGUCAGAGAGGCGGAAAAGGCUUGGCCUGAAUACAAACCCGGUCACAGGCAAGAGUGAGACUGAAAAUGAGUCAACGACGAUGGACGGCGAAGAGAUAAGCCAGGAAGAGCUAACAGAAAAACUAAGAAGCUUGGGCGAGCCAAUUCGACUCUUCGGUGAGAAUGACAAAAGCCGAUUAGGAAGAUACAGAAACCUUGUGCAUAAAUCGGUUAUGCCACAGAAGAAGCUCUCUGAUGGACCUAUACCCACGACAUUGGCGCUUGUUCCGGAAGCUGAGAUGAAAGUCCCAGACAAAGUACCAACAGAUGAAGAAGGGAGAAAAUACCUAUAUCGACAGCUCGCAUCUUAUUUCACUAUGGUUUUAAAAGAGUGGGAAAGGGCUAUGGCAAAACGAGACGACAGCGUUAAGUCCACGUUUCAGGGGCGACAGGCAUACAAUGCUAUGGUACAGUCGAGGGAAAAUAUGAAGCCCCUGUUUAAAAAGUUUGAGAACUCAGAUAUGGAAGAGAGUAUUUUAGAACCUAUUGUUGAAAUCGUCCGAAAUGCUCAAAAACGCCGGUACGUAGAUGCAAAUGAUGGAUACUUGAGACUGAGUAUUGGGAAAGCUGCAUGGCCUAUUGGUGUUACCAUGGUUGGUAUUCAUGAACGUUCUGCACGAGAAAAACUCCAUGAAGGCGGGAGCAAAGCUCAUAUCAUGAGUGAUGAGAUCACGAGAAAGUUUUUGCAAAGUAUCAAGCGAUGUCUGACAUUUGCCCAAGUACGCUGGCCGCCUGAUGACCAAUUACAACUUAUGGGCUGA